AUGCCGAUUGGGAUGCAACAAAAAGAGGUCACCGGGGCUGGGUUGUGGGAUUUUCUUGCUAGCCUCAACUCGGGGCUUUCUACUCCUUGGAUGCUGGGAGGAGAUUUUAAUGCCAUCUUGCCGGUGGAUGAUUGGGAUGGGGGAGCUUCGGGUAGACAUGGCGUAGGUCGAGGUUUUGGUAACUUUGUGUUUGACAAUGGGUUAAUGGAUGGUCAGUUUAAAGGUCCCUGGUUUACCUGGGUUCGUGGAUCCUUGCGACAAAGACUUGAUAGAUUUCUUGUUAAUGAGGCUUGGCUGCAUGUUUUCCCGGAGUCUUUUACCACACAUCUGAAUUACCCUGAUUUUGCUGAUUCUUUGCGUUCCUGGUGGCCGGCGAAUGCUGAGGUGACGGAAUCUAUUGGUGUAGUGCAAUCGAAACAUAUGGAUUGGAACAAGACCAUGUUUGGUUCUAUUGGUAAGAAAAAACGGCAGCUAAUUUCUAGAAUCCAAGGUAUUGAUCGUGCACUUGCCCAUCGUGAUUCUGCUUUUCUUUCGAAUUUAGAAUCAAAUUUGGUCUCAGAGUUGGUAAUUGUGCUUGAUAAUGAAGAGAGCUUGUGGUUCCAGAAGUCGAGAUGCAAUUGUUAUUUGCAAGGAGAUAGAAAUACAAAGUUCUACCAUGCUUUCGCUAAUAAUACACGGCGUGUAAAUCGGAUUUCUUCGUUGUGGCUGGUUAAUGGUGAAUGGUCUUCUGAUCCGACGAUUCUACAGCGCAUAACGGUUGAAUUUUACUCCAAUCUUUUCUCUAGUGAAAAUGAUGGUGGUUAUACAUACCACGUACGGGGUCAAUUUGCUCCACUCUCUUCGGAGGAUAUUCGAAAUUUGUCUAUGGCUGUAGGGAAUGAGGAGGUUCAGAGUGCGGUUUCUCAAUAA